AAAAUUCUAGUGCCACACUCAGGUUUUCUCAAAAUUGCAUUCUUUUCUCUCAAUUCUUCCACCAUGGCCCGUUUGGCAAACUUGAAUGGAGUCUUCGAAACAUUGUUGAGGAUUCGAAGGCUUCUAAGCAUUCUAAGCCUCCAAAGGGCCAAAAAAGGAGUAGAAAUAGUUGCCUUUCUAGGCAAGAAGAAGAAUGAUUCUCAAGAACACACCCUGCUAACAACAAGAAGGCUAGCACUAGGCCUUGCCUCCAUUGCACUUGUUGGGAAAACUUGCAAUGCAGUCUCUUUCGCUGAAGACAACGAUUUUUGGAUAGAUGGUCGUAUUCCUCUUCCUUCUGUCAAUAAUAAAAUUGAUAAUGAGAACACCGACACUCCCUCUUUUCUGAAGAAGAGAAUCUUCAUUGCAGAUAUAGGGCUCAAAGGAAGAAUGUAUAGGCUAAGAAAAUAUGCCUUUGAUCUUCUUGGUAUGGAAGAUUUGAUUGGAGAAGACACAUUGAACUAUGUCCAAAAGUUUAUUAAGAUCAAGGCAACAUUCAUGUAUUAUAAUUUCGAUAAAGUAAUCACUGCUGCACCAGUUGAUGACAAGCAACCUCUCCUAGAUUUGGCUAACAGAUUAUUUGAUAAUGUGGACAAGAUAAUCAUCAAAUUAAAAUGAACACAUUAUUCAUUUUAUUUUAUUUUUGUUUGUGAUGGUUCUUUACAUUACAGCUUCCUAAGAAAUAUUUUGUUUGAAAUUUGCUUACAGCUUGAUGCUGCUGUUAAAUAGAGAAACAUACUUCAGGCAGAAACAACUUAUAAAGACACAAAGGCUAUACUCCAAGAGGUCAUGAUCCGAAUGGCAUAGACUUUGUAGAUAUGGUUUUAAUCAUUUGAUUUACUAUUCAAAUGGGGAAUUUAUAAAAACUCAUUUCAUGCAUACUAAUCAACCCCUUUGUUUUUUAUUUUUUAAGUCCUUACAACAUAUAAUAUUAUCUAUUAUUUAAUUGACAAAA